ACUAAUGUUAUUUUUAACACUUUAUAGUUAGUAUUUAGACCAUAAUUCAUCUAAUUGGAUAAAGGAUAGUAAAAUCCCUUUUUAAGUAAAGUUAUGUUAGAAUGAUGGCAGCUAAACAAUCGCCAUAUUUCACAAGCUUAAAUAAAAACUCUUUAAUGAAAUAUCAAAAGCGGUUACAACGCCCUAAAAUAAAAAUAGAAUACGAUAAAAAUUUACCUCUUCAACAAGAAAACUUAUCAGUGAAACAAGAUUCUUCAUCUUUAAAAAAAGAAAACCCUCCUGAGAAACAAAGUUUAUGCAUAAAACAAAAAAAAUUAUCUGUAAAAAAAACAAGUACAGAUUUUAAACAUACAAAGAAUAAAAAAACUGAUGAUGGGGCUUCAUUUUGUCCAACAAACUGGGAAGUGAUGUUAAAUAAUAUAAAAGAAAUGCGCAAAAGCAGAAAUGCAAUAGUUGAUUCUUAUGGAUGUGAGAGGACUGCUGAUGAAAGAGAAUCUCCUGAAGUUAAACGUUAUCAAACCUUAAUAUCAUUAAUGCUUUCUUCACAAACAAAAGAUGGUGUUACAUUUGCUGCAAUGGAUAGGUUGAAAAAACAUGGUUUAACUAUCCCAUCUAUUUUUGAAACAUCAGAGUCUGUUAUUGAAGAACUUAUUUAUCCUGUUGGGUUUUGGAAGAAAAAAGCUGCUUUUAUUAAAAAUGCUACUGCUAUUUGCCACGAUAAAUUUAAUAAUGAUAUUCCAAAUUCGUUACAAGGUUUACUUUCUUUACCUGGAGUAGGACCAAAAAUGGCGCAUAUAUGUAUGAAUGCUGCUUGGGGAGUUGUGACAGGCAUAGGUGUUGAUACUCAUGUUCAUAGAAUUGCUAAUCGAUUGAAAUGGGUUAAUACAAAGAAGCCAGAAGAAACUAGAAAUUGUUUAGAAGCAUUGCUACCAAGAUGUGAGUGGGAUGAUAUUAAUAUUUUACUAGUUGGAUUUGGUCAACAAACUUGUCUACCAGUUAAUCCGAAAUGUAUCUCGUGUUUAAAUUAUGAUAUAUGUCCGUCAUCUACUAAAAAUAUUCAUUAAAAAUACUGAUAAUAAAGUAUACUUAGUGAACAAAGUAUACUUAGCAUUAAUCACUUUUCUAAAAUAUGAAGAUUUAAAUAUAAAAGAAUUUUAAAUAACAUCUUGAUCAAUCCAUGUAAUCAUUUAUUAGUACGCACAAAAAUUGGAGUUUUGACCCCUACUCACCGGAUGAUUCAUAACGUACUUUUAAGCUUUCCACUUUGAAAAUAAACGUACAAACGCUUUUUAUCUACUCCUAUAAUAUCAAACUCAAUGAAAAAUCUUUCAAUUCAAGUUCAUUCUACCAAAUCAAAAAAAUUCUCAAGUCAAGUUCAACAAAAUCCAAGUUAGACUAAAUCAAGAAAAUUCACAAGUCAAGUUAAACAAAAUCCAAGCUAGACUAAAUCGAAAAAAUUCUCAAGUCAAGUUCAACUAAAUCCAAGCAAGACUAAAUCGAAAAAAUUCUCAAGUCAAAUUCAACAAAGUUAUUCUACUUGAAGAGCUUUACCAUGAUACUACUUGUUUUAAAGAAUAACAGUUAUCGAGUAUUUUUACAAAUAAUAAAAUAUUUAUACGGAAUAACUAUAAAUAGAUGCAGUUUCCUGGUGUCCAAUAAUACUAGAAGUGUUAAUUUAUUUCCGUUGCUCUCUUUUGUAUUUUUACAAUUAAUGAUAACACAGGUCAACAACAAAAAAAUGUUUUCCUGGUGUCGAGCAAA